AUGCCGUCGGAACCUAGUACACCGCGAUUCAAAGUUUAUAGUUCAUCACAUCUAUUCCAAUCCCAGCUUUUACAUUUGCAGGUUACGACUUUUGAAGAGUCGGCGUUUAUAUGGGCUGGAGUUGACGGAAAUGAGGUAUUAGGGAAUUUAGCAGUUGCUAUACCACCACCAACUUUAAAUGGUAAUACCUUAUCAACGCCGUCCACUACUAUAUUAACAAAAGAGAUAGAGGAAACUUCUAAACAACUAGGACAAAAACUCGCAUCAAAGUUCGGCAAACAAUUUUUUGUUAGCAUUAACUUACCUGAUCAAACGAUGCUUUCUUUUGUUGAAAAGACUAUAUUAAAUACUCUUAAAGACAUAUACUCUUAG